AUGGGUUUUAUGAUCAAGAAGCCUGAGAACGUGGCAGGUUCCGCCGCUCCAGCUAUUCUCAUCGGCCUGUUCGUCUCCUUCGGAGGCGUGCUCUUCGGCUAUGACACUGGCACUAUUGGUGGUAUCUUGGCCAUGCCAUUCUGGCGCAAUCUCUUCUCGACAGGUUAUGUCAACCCUACAGACAACCACCGAGAUGUGACCUCAACCGAAAAGUCGGAAAUCGUCUCAAUUUUAUCUGCCGGCACGUUCUUCGGAGCUCUAUUCUCCGCUCCUGUUGCUGAUUUCUUGGGAAGAAGAUGGGGCAUGAUCUUCAACACUGGUGUCUUUACCUUGGGUGUCAUCCUUCAGACUGCUGCCACUGCAAUUCCAAUGUUUGUUGCGGGACGCUUCUUCGCAGGGCUUGGCGUCGGUCUCUUGAGCGCAACUAUUCCAUUGUAUCAGUCAGAGACAGCUCCCAAAUGGAUCCGUGGUGCUAUCGUCGGCUGCUACCAAUGGGCCAUCACGAUCGGUCUUCUGCUUGCUGCCAUUGUCCUCAAUGCCACCAAGAAUCGACAGGAUACAGGCUCUUACCGCAUUCCAGUCGCCGUACAAUUUAUCUUCUCCAUAAUCAUGGUUGUUGGCAUGCUAAUACUGCCUGAAACUCCUCGGUUUCUGAUCAAAAAGGGCAAUAAAGCUAAGGCUGCCAAAGCACUGUCAAAAUUGCGAAGACUUCCAGUUGACCACCCAGCUCUUGUGGAAGAGCUCGCUGAAAUCCAGGCCAACCAUGAAUACGAGAUGUCCAUUGGUUCAGCUUCAUACUUGGCCUGCUUCAAGCCUCCAAUCAGGAAGAGGCAGUUGACCGGCAUGGCGCUACAAGCUUUGCAGCAGUUGACGGGUGUUAACUUCAUCUUUUAUUAUGGUACCUCUUACUUUUCGAACUCCGGAAUCAGCAAUCCAUUCAUCGUCACUAUGAUUACUAGCGUCGUCAAUGUCCUAUCCACUAUCCCAGGUCUAUGGCUUGUCGAGGUUUGGGGUCGCCGAUCGCUUCUCAUGUUUGGUGCUGUUGGGAUGUCCUUUUGCCAGCUCAUUGUUGCUGCUGUUGGUACGGCCUUGCCCGACUCCACUGCCGCCAACAAGUGCCUGAUUGCGUUCGUCUGCAUUUACAUCUUUUUCUUUGCCUGCUCAUGGGGUCCGUGUGCUUGGGUUGUGACUGGAGAGUCUUUCCCUUUGAAAGCUCGUGCCAAAGGAUUGUCAAUGACAACAGCAUCUAACUGGCUGCUCAACUUCGCAAUUGCAUAUGCUACACCCUACAUGGUCGAUCCAGGCCCAGGUAAUGCCAACAUGGGUAGCAAAGUCUUCUUCGUCUGGGGUGGAUUCUGUGUCAUUUGCACGGUCUUCGUCUAUUUCUGCAUUUAUGAGACCAAAGGACUCAGCCUAGAACAGGUCGAUGAGCUCUAUGCUAAAAUUCCUCAAGCCUGGAAAUCAAAUGGAUUUGUACCAAGUGUAAACUUCCAAGAUGUUCAUGAUCUCGGAAAGGGCGGUGAAGCCAGACGACACACUCUCGCCGAGCUCGAGAACGCUGCCGUCAGGAGAAAGAGUAGUGCAGGUGUACACCACGAAAAUUAUACUGAAAAGGUGUAA